AACCUAUUACAGAUAACGCAAUACCGAACAUACUUUUAUAAAAAAGCACAUAGCUAGAUACUGAAGUCUGUGAAACAAGAACACGAAGGAGAGAAAGAAAAAGGAAGAAAUCAUGUCGAAGAAAGGAGAAGUGGUGUGUGUUACCGGUGGAAGCGGUUGUAUUGGCUCUUGGCUUGUCCGUCUCCUUCUCGACCGUGGGUAUACCGUUCACGCCACCGCAAAAAAUCUCAAGGAUGAAAAGGAGACGAAGCAUCUAGAAUCACUUGAAGGAGCAGACACGCGUCUCCGUCUUUACCAAAUCGAUCUCCUCGAUUAUGACUCCAUUGUCGCCGCAAUCAACGGCUGUGCUGGCGUCUUUCACCUGGCCUCUCCGUGCAUCGUUGAUGAAGUCCAUGAUCCUCAGAAUGAGCUUCUGGAUCCGGCAAUUAAAGGAACAAUAAAUGUACUAACGGCGGCAAAGGAGAACGGCGUCAGGCGCGUCGUGGUAACGUCUUCGAGUUCUUCUAUUACGCCCAGUCCUAACUGGCCUGCAGACGUCAUCAAGAAUGAGGAUUGCUGGACGGACGUUGAGUACUGCAAGCAAAAUGGAAUCUGGUAUCCAUUGUCAAAAACACUAGCCGAGAAAGCUGCGUGGGAGUUUUCAAAGGAGAAGGGGUUGGAUGUGGUGGUGGUGAAUCCGGGUACAGUUAUGGGUCCGGUUAUUUCACCGGUGCUGAAUGCUAGCAUGGUGAUGCUUGUGCGCCUUUUCCAAGGCUGCACUGAGACAUACCAGAACUUCUUUUUGGGAUCUGUCCAUUUUAAAGAUGUAGCCUUGGCACAUAUUAUAGUGUAUGAGAACCCAUCAGCAACUGGCAGACACCUGUGUGUUGAAGCUAUAUCUCAUUAUGGUGACUUUGUGGCCAAGGUUGCUGAGCUAUAUCCUGAAUAUAAGAUUCCUAGGUUGCCGAAGGAUACCCAACCUGGGUUGUUGAGGGCAAAGAAUGGAGCCAAGAAGCUGAUGGACUUGGGUUUAGAAUUUAUUCCCAUGGAGCAAAUUAUCAAGGAUGCAGUUGAAAGUUUAAAGAGCAAAGGAUUCAUUUCUUAAGAAAAAGCUUCAGGGAUCAAUCUAUGGGGUAGAACUGAUUAGUGUGUUUGUGCAGGAACAAUCACAGCUUGCAUAUGGAGGUUUCCUGUAAUGUUCGCAGGUCUUAGUGUUGCCGUUUUGCUAUGUGGACAGUUUGAACAGGUGUAUGUAUUCGAAGAAAAACAAAAACCUUGGUUUUGCUUUGCUUCGUCUUCUCUUUUCUCUCCGCAUUUCAGCGUGUCUUUUGUUAUUGAUGGUUCAAAGUCUUAAAUUCUUGGUAAUUAGCAUGAAUGGGAUCGAUUCAACAAAA